CUAACAUAAUCAUAACUGUAAAUGUUCUCUUAGGGGCACUGUAGAGUUGUGUCACCACACGUCACCCGGCCCCAUCAAAUUCUCCAACAAGAGUGUGUACAUGAUAACAGGAACAGGGACAAAUGCUUCAUUUGAAAAUUUAUUGAGCAUGAAGAAUCAGAGGAAACAAAGUGAUUAUAAAAUUUAAUAUGCCUAUUGAAUGUAGCUAAAUGAUAUAUGAAAUUUUUAAUGGCAUCAAGUACCACACAUCAAGGAGACUGGCCAAUUAGAAGGAAUGACAGUCUGAGAUAUGUAUAAACAUGGAAAAAUGUCACAGAUUUUGCUUUUUUUAAUACUCGAGAGUAGAGACUACAUUAGUUCCAAUAAUAUGUGCAUGUUCCAAGGUCACUUAUUUUAAGGAAAACUAUAUUUCCACCACAGCACUUACAUAGCUGCAGAACAAGCAGGAAGGCUGUAACACUUACUCAGUGGGUUCAUUGAUUAUAGUUGUGUGCGAAUCCCUCAGGCAAGACACACUGGAAUGCAAGGGAGGGACCAAUGCAGCAAACACAAGAAAAAAGCAUGGGCAAGUAUGCUGAAGCAUCCACAAACCAUGCCCAGCCUGCAUCACCUUGGAACAACAAACCAUCCAAUACAAGAAGUAAAUGUACCAGACCACAUUCUAAGACAACUGUUUUUGGUGCUUCCUUAAAGACUAGAAUGCACUGCAAUCAUUUGGUGCCAAAGUGCAGGUGUUCUAGCAUCAGCCAUAGGAAGAGAACACAUAAAAGCAAACAUGUAGUGCAAGGACAUGGUCUUCAACAAAGAGUAAUAAGUUCUAGUUGCACUUUGCCCAAAGAUGAGAUGAAUGGAAGGAAAAUCUAUCAAAGCACUAAUGAAUCUCAUUCACUUUGUGAUGCUUCAUGGAGAGCCAAGCUAAACCACUUGGAAGACAGGUCCAAAACUAAUAAUGGAAACCAUCAUCACAAGUCAAAUGAUGGAGAUGCAAGAAUUUUGAAGAAGAAACUUCGCUUUGAAGAUGAAGUAACAGAUGUUAAAGGAAGGUAUAACCCUGGUCAUGUGAGACAUUCUGUCAAAAAUAUGAAAAAUGACAGAAGUCCAUGGCAAGAUAGUAGUCAUACACAAAACAGAACAAAUUCCGACAAAGACCAAGAGUGGAAAGCUAAGCAAUCAUCUAAAGAGUAUUGCAGGCUCUGUGAGGCACCAGAUAAGAGAGAUUUUGGUGGAGCUAAGAGAAUAAAGAAAAAAUAUCAGGUGCAUAAUAAAAAACAUGCUAUUUGCAAAUCUGAUUUAAAACAUUAUGAUUCCAUAUCACACCAUGAAAUUUGUUUUUUAUGUCAAAGAUAUGGAAAUUAUAAGUGUAUACAUAAUGAUAAUUACUGCACAAUUUGUAAUACACACAUUUAUUGCUCACAAGAAGACAUAACAAAAAGUGAACCUUCUUUAUGUCACCAAGGCUCCACUCCAGCAAGUGUUGGUGGUGGUGAAGACAAAUACUCUCCUUUGAACAAGAUUCCUUAUGAGCCAAGAACAAAGUUUGUGAAAAAUCUAAAAGAAAAACUAGAGACAAACUACAUGAAAGAUAAGUCUGAUCAAAGAACAAGUGUGGAAACAGGUGCUGCAUUGAGAGAGGAGGAGGGAUAUGAGGAUUCACCCAGGCAUCAGGCCAAUCAACGACACCACAAACAUCAUGGCAAGAAAUGUCUCCAUCGAUACCAGCAGAAUGAACGCCUGUUUUUGGAGCCAACAAUAGUCAAUAGAAAGGGGCAGAGUCUGUGUGCUGAGUGUAGUGCACCACAGCCUAGGAAUCCUCAUCGAGAACCUUACCUCUACCAUAUCACUCUUGGAGGUUUGAAAACAAAUGGUGAUAAAAGACUUGGUACUGCUUCAAUUAAUGGAUUUUCUAACUGGGGCAAGGAAAAUAAUAGAGUCAGCAAUAUGAAGUCAAAGAAAGUAUCAGCUGAUAAAUCUAGGUUUGUGUAUGCCAAAUUAAAUGACAGAAUUGAUAAUGUUUUGGGUGGGAAGAACUUACACUCAGAACACUCAGCUCAGUUAAGUUCUCCCAUUUCUUCAUAUACUAAGAGACCUCCCAGCCGAUCAAUGGCACUAAUGGACCACAUCAUUUGAGGUCUGUGUAGUUUAUUUGUGCAAACCAGUCAAGAUUGUUACUUGUCUGUAAGAGCAGGCUGAAAUAUAUAUGUAGUCUGUGUGUGUAAAUCAAUCAAAGAAUGCUAUAAGAUUCCAACUCAGCUUAUGUUAUGCCUCAAUAUCUGCCUUUAUUGUGUGUAUGUGUGUAUUUACCUAGUUGUAUUGUACAAGGUUCGAGUGGAGCUGAUAGUGUCCUUUCUCCAUGUAUCCAUUUCUUUAAAGUUAUGCAUAGUGUGUGUGUGUGUGUGUGUGUGUGUGUGUGUAAGAGAGAGAGAGAGAGAGAACACUAAUUAUGCAGUGUUGGAUUGGUAGGAUUUUGUUCUUGAGUUCUUCAAGUCAUUCUGGACUGUGCAUAAAUGGGAUAUCCUCAUUAGUACAAGUUUAUGCUUUAAUGUACAUCCAACUCACUAGUGAGUUGCUGGUUUAGUUGUUCAAAACUCUCAUCAUAUGUUUAAGUGUCUUGACACUAAUGAAUUAGUUUACCCUUUCAACAUUUUAUUGAGCCAGGCACCUCAAACAAAAUUCUUUCUUUGAAGUGCAAAUUUACAAACUCACAAACUUUCAGAACUUUAAUUCCACUGAUUUCAAAACUUCUCCAGUUGUAGCAUUUGCAGUUGCAGGAGACACAUUUGUGGAAGCGGUUCGCUCUAGUCAUUCAUAUUAUUUUCAUGUUUUAUUCAUUAUUGCUUUCAUUUGACACAAAACAAUUUCCAUUUGUCUUCAGUGCAUGAAAAAAAUUACUAAACAAGCAUGUGACUUGUUGCCAUAUUAAAUAGGAAUCUUCAGUGACCUCACUGUCAGGACCUAAUAAUUACUAAAACAUGCUUCUCAUGGUAUCAGGAAUGGUGUUGUAUUUCAGAUUUUAUCUGAAUUACAAGAAGAUACAAACUGAUGAUGUUUAGUAUAAAGCCUUCUAUCACUUACAAGGGAAUAAAAACUUGGUCACACUAUUAUUGUACUAGAAUUGAGUAAGGAGGUAGAAAUGUACUGUAAAGAUAUGCAGUUUGAUUUUUUUUUUUUUUUUUUUUCUAUCAUUAUUUUUCUUAAUCUGAUAGGCCAGCUUUCUGGGAAGGAAUGCCUACAAACCUGUCUGUGGUUCCUGAAAGGGGCAGAGAAGUGAAGACAGUGUAUGCAAAGCUUUUGUACUCGCACUGUCUAUUUCCAGCAUUUUUAUAAAUUUAUGCUAAACAUUGCCCAUAACACUGUCUUACAUAAUGUGUGUGACUUAUUGUAUAGCAGGCUUGUGACAUAUUACAUUAUGUGAUGAGCCAGUUUCACAGAGUUGAAGGGAAUAUUGUGGGAAUUAAUGUGAAUUUUAUAAGCAUUCCAAAUAUCACACUAUAUUAUGUCAAUGAAUUAUAGAAUCUCAUUGGGCAGUCCAGCACACACUUACUUUCUACUCGCACACACACACACACACACUCUCUCUCUCUCUCUCUCUCUCUCUCUCUCUCUCUCUCUCUCUCUCUCUCUCAUUGGUUUGAGACUACAAUUUGCCUUUUGAGAAGUAUGAGAAACUAAAAGAAGUGGACCACAGAAAACUUUAUCAGGAGUAAUAAAACCACAGCGUGGUUGGUAGCCAAUGAUCUUUUUUCCUUUUUAAACUUAUUGAAACAUAUGCUGUUUGCCAACCUCAGACAGGUCUUAAAGCCAUUGGUUAAGCAGCCUUACAAAGUGUUUAAAAUUAGCACAUUUGAGUAGUCCUUAUAUGUCAAGUUUAAGGUUUUUAGAAACACAACCUCUUCCUUACCUCUGUUUGACUAGGUUUUCAUACAUAUCAUUUUGUAUUGGCAAUAGAUUAUUGUUGGUUUAAAAUAUGGAAUGUCCUACUGGUUGAGGCCUUGCUCCCUGAGGCUGUACGGGAAUACUAGUUGAGGCUUCACGUCUGCUUCAGCCUUGCACUGGCAGUAAACGAUGUUUAUUUCUUCCACAUUAUAUUACGAACUAAGUGCCCUCACAAGUAGUGGCUACAGAGUAAAUAUUCAUCCAUCAACCACAAUCAUCAGCAGGUCCUGUGUUGAGGAUCAACAUGUACCUUCAGUGGUUUUGAAAUAUUUUUCUGUUCAUAUUGAUUAUGGCGUCACUUACAUUUUUGUACACAUUGCACACCAUAUUUUGUAUUGUCAAGAAAGUUAUAAUGUAGGUGCUAUUUGUGGAUGGCAAAAAAAUAUUUUCUGAAACCAUAUGAACUAUUUUAAAUUAAUAUUUAAAAAUUGUAUACUUUUUUGUCAUAAUUGUCAUAUUGCACUACAGUGAGAUAAUAUAAUUUUCUCAUCUUUAACUUGAGAGCUAUCAAUGUUGACAAUCAUAUGAGUGCAAUCUUAAUUAAAUUAAGGUUUGCAUUUGUUGUAUCACUAAUUAUAUUUUAUUUUUGUUCAAAUUUGACCACAAUUGCUGGCAACCAUUACAAUAUACAAAUUAAAUGUAUCUGAAAACACAGUGUAAAGUUUUAAUGAAAAUGCAUAAUUCACGUUGGUACGAUACUCUUACGUCAAAUUGCAUUUGGCAAGUUUGUGAGAUUUUUUUCUUUAGUUUAUUUUUGUUUAAUAAUAUGCUAUUCCACACGCAUGCUGUCUUGUUUCUGCACCUUGCUCGUUCCAGUGGUCUACUGAGUGGUCAUUUCUGAGGGCUGAUGCCUCAUAGAACUUCAGCACUUCUUUAAUUCUUAAUCUUUACCUGUCUACAUCUCUAGGUUUAGAAUGCACUCCCUACUUUAUUGUAACUAGAUAUUUCGACUUGCACAAUAAUUCAAUGAACAAAAACAGUAACAUCCAUCAUGUUUUAUGUUAUUAAGCUCCCAGAUAUCUGCUGUAGGCUGCCUUUGACAUGGUGGAUAAAUGGGUAAAAAACUCAAAUUUGUAGUCAGGAGUAAUGCUUUCUGCUGUGACUAGAUUCAAAGUGGUGUCCAAGACUCCAGCCAGGGAACUCACAACCCCCUCCCCAUAAGAAUGAAAAAAGGUUUCAAAUCAGAGUAGGUCUACAUAGUUAUUUUCUUUUAUGUAUCUAAGACUUUGAAAAAAAAAAAAAAAUCAAUAUAUAUAUUACUAUGUUGUAAAGCUACCAACACCAGAUAGUGAUAAAACACUUGAAAUAUAUAAAUAUUAUAAAAUGGUCAGGUACUCUUCAGGUGACUUAUGUACAGUCUGCGUAAAAUCAGGACAACAGAGCUACUAUGGAGGCACAGAUGAGUGGUUUUGGCAUAUGAAAUAUUUUUAGUUAGUAAACAUUAGUAACUCCUGAGGCUACUUGCACAAGCAUUAGGGAUUCAUACUGUUAUCAUUAAGGUGAAGCAUGAAGUGGAUAUCAUGCACAAGAAUAUUUAAUGGAUUCUGCCAUCUCUACCUCCCUACAUUACAUUAGUUUAUUAUUAAAGACAACCAUAUUCAGGAGAGGAAUGUUUUCACAGAUAAGGAAUAGAGUUUUUGACUGUGCAAAAUGAAGAAAAACAAAUAUCCUAUGAGAGCAUCAAAGCAGUCACCCAAUGAACACUUUGCCAGUGUCGGUCAUGACUGCCGACACCUGCGGCAAAGACAAACUUCUCCUCAUAUGGUCAACUAAUUUUAAAGAAAGUGAACAGGGGAAGUUAAACUCUGGAUUUGUAUUAAACAUUUUAUAUUACUGAGAAUAGGAGACUAUAAAAUCAAUACAUUCUGCAUCUUGAUGAGGAUUAAAAUGCAUAGUCCUACUUAUUACGUUGCAACACAUUCAAGGUUGAUUCCAUUCCCAGGGUUAUAGCAAGAAGCCAGCCUCAUUAAUCUAAAUUUGGGUUAAGGAAAUUAAGACCAAGUUAAUAUAAUUAUAUACAUGUAGAAAAUGACCCUACACAAUUUUAAUUUUGAAGAAUACAUUUAAGGUUAGUACCAUUGGGAACCACCAGAUUCCCACCUUAGUGGGUGCAAGCGACCCACUUCAAGCAGCACCAAUGACUUCUUGAUGUCCCUUAUAUAGAUAGAGGAAUAAUUUUUUUCAUAUAACUCACAUAAUUUACAGGUGAUAUCUAGCAGAGAGAGAGAGAGAGAGAGAGAGAGAGAGAGAGAGAGAGAGAGAGAGAGAGAGAGAGAGAGAGAGAGAGAGAGAGAGAGAGAGA